UCGAGGCGUGGGUUCAGCUGAUGGUCCAGGACCAUAGUCCAACUGACCGUAACAGUCCGGCCACAUUUGUGACACUGCAGCUCAACCAGCCAAUAAGGUGAAGGUAAACAAAACAGCCUCGCUGCUGUCAGCACGCUGUUCGUGGGCGGUGAUCCUAAACUUUAGUGGUGGUCUGUACUGUACAAAACCCGGACCGUACGAAACCGUUUGUCCCCACGUAUCAGGAUGACAGAUAAAAUAAAAGAGCUCGUUUUGAAGUGCCAACAGGCAAGAACUAUGGCAUACUGCCCCUACAGCAAGUUCCCUGUUGGUGCUGCGUUAUUAACAGCAGAUGGCGCCAUAAUUACAGGUUGUAAUGUGGAGAACGCCUCCUUUGGCCUAACAGUGUGUGCAGAGCGGACAGCCAUUCAGAGAGCAGUGGCAGAAGGACACAGAGAGUUUACAGCUAUAGCAGUAACAUGUGACAUUGAGGACAGUUUUGUUGGGCCUUGUGGAGCAUGCCGCCAAGUUCUCAUGGAGUUUGGAUCAGAAUGGGCGGUGUAUUUGACCAAACCUGAUGGCUCUUACAAAGAAACUACCCUUAAUGAGCUUUUACCCUAUGCAUUUUCUCCAGCUCACCUCACAAAGAAAUAAGAAAGAAACAAAUAACACUCUCACUAUUUUGUUUUCUUAUGCAUGUUUUGUAAAUAUAACUCCAAUAUUUGUCUCAAUCCAACUUACAAAUCUGUAAAAAAAAAAAAAAAAAAUAAUAUGAUGGUAAUAAAGUCA